ACGUCCGCCGAGUAGGUGCAGCGUUUACAUCCAAUGGGUUCGGAAUGAGUGUCCCCUUCUUCCGGGUGUGAUUGUCAGCUGAUGAGCUUCUGCAGUUUUAAGGGGUUUGCUUUCAUCAGUGGGCACACUUUAAUAUCGGAUGCGGUAUGGCUGUAAAUCCACCAAAAACCAAGGUGCUUUUCAGUGCCAACCAGAGACUGCAGAAACUGAAAGAGGCAUUUAUUGGGAAAUAUGAAGAAUCUCCUCUCUUCUAUGCCUGUGCUCCUGGGAGGGUGAAUCUGAUAGGAGAGCACAUUGACUACUGCGGCUAUGCUGUUCUGCCCAUGGCCAUUGAGCAGAAUAUUCUUGCUGCUGUAUCAGUGAAUAAUUCUCAAACAAUCCAGCUUGCCAACACCAACCCCAAAUACAAGGAUUUCUCUGUGUCUGCCAGUGAGCUCACCAUAGACAGAGAGAAUCCUCAGUGGCAUUAUUAUUUCCUUUGUGGGGUGAAAGGUGUUCAGGAUCAGCUAAGCUUGUCUUCUCUGCCUGGAAUCCGAUGUCUUGUGGAUGGGACCAUACCUGCUAGCUCAGGACUCUCUAGUUCUAGUGCCCUGGUGUGCUGUGCUGGCCUGGUCACAAUGGAGUCCAAUCAAAAGGCUAUUUCUAAAAUAUUGUUAGCUGAAACCUGUGCCAAAUGUGAACGUUACAUUGGUACUGAAGGAGGAGGGAUGGAUCAGUCUAUAUCUUUUCUUGCUGAAGAAGGAACGGCAAAGCUGAUCGAGUUUAAUCCUCUGCGGGCCACAGACGUGAAGCUCCCAGAUGGAGCUGUCUUUGUGAUUGCUAACAGCUGUGUGGAGAUGAACAAGGCAGCCUCAUCACACUUCAACAUUAGAGUGGUGGAAUGCCGCAUUGCCACAAAGAUACUGGCUAAGACCAGAGGCCUGGAGUGGAGUGGACUGCAGAAGCUGGGGGUGCUGCAGAUAGAGCUGGGGUUGAGUCUGGAUAAGAUGCUGGAUGUGGUGGAAAAGGUCUUUCACCCUGAGCCCUACAGCAGAGAGGAAAUUUGCAAACUUCUGGAAAUCACCACUGAGCAGCUGUGCAACAAUAUCCUCAGUGCUAACACACAGCAUGUGACCCACUUCAAACUGUACCAGCGAGCCAGGCAUGUAUACAGUGAGGCUGCCCGCGUGCUGCAGUUCAAGGCUGUGUGUGACUCAUCCCCUGAUGGUGCUGUCCUGCAGCUGGGCAAUCUAAUGAACCAGAGUCAUGCAAGUUGCAGAGACCUGUAUGAAUGUAGCUGCCUGGAGUUGGACCAGCUGGUGGACAUUUGUCUGCAGGCAGGUGCUGUGGGCUCCAGGCUAACAGGCGCAGGAUGGGGAGGUUGCACGGUUUCCAUGGUACCCAUUGAAAGGAUAGAUUCCUUUCUCCGGACAGUGAAGGAAAAGUACUACAUGCCUGAUGCUCGUCGAGCAGCUCUAGUGAAGCACAGCCUUUUUGUAACAAGGCCUGGGGGAGGAGCGGCCAUUUUUACAGAAGAAUAAAUUGUAGGGGAUCGUUUUUAUAUCAUCUGAGGGAUUUCUGACAAAGACCAUGACAGAGUGGCAUUCUAAAUAUAUUCUGUUGCUGUCAGGGUUUGUCAUGAAAGGGUAAGCUACACAUAUUCUUUUAGGUCUAUCAUUUGUAGCUGGAAAUUCAUUUUGUACUUGUUGAAAAUCACCCAAUUUUCUGAUGAAUUGCUUUGAAUAAAAAGCAAAAAAGCC